GCGGCGGCUCGCACGACUUCCGGCGUGGCCUGCUGAGCCCCUUCCCCUCGCCAGGAAAAGGCUAAGCGGGACAAGGCCUGCAAACCGUUUAUCCAAUGGGAAAGGAUGUGCCUGUGGGCCAAUAGGGGAAAGAGGCUGGGGCCCGCCCCCAAGCAGGAUGCUGCGCUGAGCAGGACCACGGAUGGCACCGAGCGGCCGGGAGAGCUUUGCCCUGAUGUCCUGUACCGGACCGGCCGCACGCUGCACGGCCAGGAAACAUACACGCCGCGACUCAUCCUCAUGGACCUGAAGGGCAGUCUGAGCUCCCUAAAAGAGGAAGGAGGACUCUACAGGGACAAUCAGCUGGAUGCUGCCAUAGCGUGGCAGGGCAAGCUCACCACACACAAAGAGGAGGAAGUCUAUCCCAAGAAUCCUUAUCUCCAGGACUUUCGGAGUGCAGAGGGAGUGCUGAGCAAUGGUGUCUGGAGGGUCAAGUCCAUCCCUAAUGGCAAAGGUCCCCCACCAGUCACCAGUGCUCCAAAUCCAAAGCCACUCAUCCCCACGGCGGGAAGCAUCAGAGUCUGGUCAGACUUCCUCAGAGUCCACCUCCACCCACGGAGCAUCUGUCUGAUUCAGAAAUACAACCAUGAUGGGGAAACAGAGAGGCUGGAGGCCUUUGGCCAAGGAGAGAGUAUCCUGAAGGAACCCAGGUACUUGGAGGAGCUGGAGGACAGGCUGCACUUCUACGUGGAAGAAUGUGACUACUUGCAGGGCUUCCAGAUCCUGUGUGACCUGCACGAUGGCUUUUCUGGGCUGGGCACCAAGGCUGCAGAGCUGCUACAAGACGAGUAUUCAGGGCGGGGAGUAGUAACCUGGGGCCUGCUGCCUGGCCCCUGUAACCCUGGGGAACCACAGAAAAACAUCUACCGUCUGUUAAACACAGUGUUCGGUCUGGUGCACCUGACUGCUCACAGCUCUUUCGUCUGCCCCUUGUCCUUGAGGGGGAGCCUGGGCCUGCAACCUCAGCCCCCCGUGAACUUCCCUUCCCUGCACUAUGACGCCUCCCUGCCCUUGCACUGCAGUGCCAUUUUGGCCACAGCCCUGGACACAGUGACUGUUCCUUACCGCCUCCGUUCCUCUCCGGUUUCCAUGAGCCGGCUGGCUGACGUGCUGGCCUCCUCUGGGAAAAAGGUGGUGACAGCUGAAGCAAUCGUCCCCUUUCCCUGGCUUCCAGGCCAGUCCCUGCCUGAUACCCUGGUACAGCUAGGAGGAACCAGCCAAUGGACCCCGCUGUCCGCAUGUGGGGACCCCUCUGGAACACGCUGCUUCGCCCAGUCAGUGGUGCUGAGGGGUGUAGACAAAGCCAGUCACACUAGCCAGCUCCCCCCAGGGACACCACUGCCAUCCCCUCUCCAUGCGUGCACCACUGGGGAGGAAGUCUUGGCCCAGUAUUUACAAGAGCAGCAGCCGAGAGUGUUAAGUUCUUCCCAUCUGCUGCUGGCACCCUGCAGGGUGGCCCCUCCUUACCCCCACUUUUCCUGGAGCUCCUGCCAGCAGGGUGUGGAUCCUUGCUAUCUCCACAGGGGCACAGCCGAGCAGAGCAUCCCGGUGCUGGGGGCCCUGCGCUCCACUUCAUCCUUGCAUCAGACCCUGGGAGGCUUGGCCAAGGAGCUCACACAACUCGACCUGCGGCGCUGGGCCAGCUUCCUCGACGCGGGGGUAGAACAGGACGAUGUGGAGGAGCUGCUGCAGGAGCUGCACAGCCUGGCCCAGUGCUACUGGGAGAGCGGCAGCCUCACAGACUGAAGCUCUCAGGCUGGGCACUUC